CACUAGCUAGCUGCAAUUGGGGAAUGGGUUAAGUUGACAUUUCGAGGGUUUGAAUAAUUUAUAAGGGUUUCGGUCAAAUACUGCAGGCUGUCUCUAUAUAAGAAGAGGAGGCCCUCACAAUUGAUGACAAGAAAGUAAAAAAAAGGAGAAAGCUAAAGAGAUAAAGGAUAUAAUGGAGGCUGCUGUGGAAAAAUCUUAUUAUGGAGAUCAAGAACAGGAAGAGAAGAGAGUAGUACUGCUUGAAUCUAGGACUGCUACUGCUACUGCUCUUGAUGAUGAUCAUCAUGGAGAAGGUCGUUAUAGCAAAGAAGAACUUGUUGUCAAAGCUGGAAAUGAAGGAGCAGGACAGGAGAAUAACGAAAUGAAAUCAUCUUCACCAAACCAAAAAGAUUUGAGUUGCGGCAAGCAGAUAUCAACCACGAGCAACAUAAAAGGGUCCUCUUCGGUUGAACCUGAUCAUUCAGUGGCUUCUACUUCGUCAAGCCUAAAGGAACAGGAUUAUCAGUUAGAAUCUGCUAGGGCCGAAAUGGGUGAGGUGAGAGAAGAAAACCAAAGGCUGAAGAAGAACUUAGACCGAAUGAUGGAGGACUACCAAACACUCCAAAUGCAGUACCAUGACAUUCAACAGAAAGCAAUUAAAUCCAGUAAGGAUGACAAUGCAACCAAUAAUCAUCAAGACGACGAUGAAUCCGAGCAGCUUGUCUCCCUCAGCCUCGGAUCUUUUUCCAGCAAAAGGAAAAAGGUCGAGGAAAAGAACAAAAGCCCUAGUACUCAAGUAGGGAAAGAAAAGGAUACAGAUGAUGAAAAGAGCUUGUCUUUGGGACUAGACUGCAAAUAUGAAGCACCUGCUAAAUCAAGUAGUACUACAACUGAUCAGGUGCCCUUGUCAAACCCUAGCCCUGCAAACAGCGUUGAAGAAGUACGCAAAGAAGAAGCAGGCGAGACAUGGCCACCGAAAAAAGUUCUCAAGACCAUGAGAAGUAUAGAAGAUGAAGUUGCGCAGCAGAACCCAGUAAAAAAAGCUAGGGUUUCAGUCAGGGCUAGAUGUGACACCCCAACGAUGAAUGAUGGAUGCCAGUGGAGGAAAUAUGGACAGAAGAUUGCAAAAGGAAACCCUUGCCCUAGAGCAUACUAUCGUUGCACCAUUGCACCAUCAUGUCCAGUAAGGAAACAGGUGCAAAGAUGCGCGGAUGACAUGUCCAUCUUAAUCACCACGUACGAAGGAGCACACAAUCACCCACUUCCACUGUCAGCCACCGCCAUGGCUUCCACCACCUCUGCUGCCGCUUCCAUGCUGCUGUCCGGCUCAUCAUCCAGCUCGUCCCUGCCUGGCCUGAACCCCUCGGCUGGGGCCACAACUGCGGCUGCUGACCUUCGUGGAUACAAUUACUAUGUUUCGGAUAACUCAAGAUCGAGAUUCUACAUACCCAACUCUUCCAUGUCAUCUUCACUACCAACCAUCACCUUGGACCUCACUUCAAACCCAUCCUCCUCUUCCUCAUCCCAGUUGAAUAAAUUUGCUUCAUCAACUUUAAAUUCUGCCCACCAAGUACCAUACCCUCCCACCAGCCUCAACUUUGGUUCUUCUGAUCAAUCCAACAACACCAUGCCAUGGACUAACAGUGGGUUCCUUUCCUAUGGAAAUGGGACCCAGUUACCCUACAACAACAAGAAUCCUAUUAUUGGAAGGCAGCAGCAGCAGCAGCAGCCUAUGCAAAACAGCAUGUACCAAAACUACAUGCAGAAGAACAAUCCAACUCCUCAACAGUUUCAGUUACCGGAUCCGAUUGCGGCAGCAACAAAGGCAAUUACAGCGGAUCCAAGUUUCCAAUCUGCCCUAGCAGCCGCACUUACAUCAAUCAUUGGCGGUAGUAGUAAUGGUGGGAGUGGAAGUAGCAAUAAUAAUCAGAAUGCAGGUGGAGAUCACUUUAAUAACAUCAUGGCUCAGAAAUUGAAAUGGGGUGAGCACUUCCCGGGAAUUAGUAGUAGUAACGGUGCUACUGCUGCUUCCUAUCUGCAAACAGCAAUUAAAGGGAACAAUAUUACUGGAUGUGCAUCAAGCUAUUUGAACAAACCGAAUUCUUCAUCUGUGAAUAUUUCGCAGCCCGGGAGUUUGAUGUUUCUGCAGCCACCUAAUUCAUUGCCAUUUGCCACCCACAAGAGUGCGUCUACAUCUCCGAGUGAAGAUCACAAGAGUUGAUAUAUGCUAUAUAUAGACCCUUUUUUUUUUCCUGAAUAUUUGUUAAUUUGUAAUAUUGAUUCGAGGAAUUACUUCAGGCAAAGUUCCAUGCAUCAUCAAAUUGUGUAUUAAACUCUAGUGUUUUUACUAGAUGAGUACUAGAGUAGUGGUGUUGACUGUGGGAUUCAUUACCAGCUCACAUUAGCUUGUACUUUGAUCAGGAAUUAUGUAUUUACACGACCUAGCUAAUUGGUAAGAUGUAUAUCAUAUUUACUCGUGUGUAUAUGCUCA